AUGCAGGGAGCGGGAGCGGGAGAGCAGAAAAUACGCAAGGCGGCAGCAGUUUGGGUGGCGGCAGCUAAAAGCAGUACCAAUUCCAUUACCAUUAACAUUACCAAUUCCAAUACCAAUUCCAAUAUCAAAACCAAUAACGAUCCAAUACCAAUACCAAUACAAAUACCAAUACCAAUAUCAGUACCAAUACCACAAUACCAAUUCCAAUACCAAUACCAAUACCAACACAAUACCACUACCAAUUCCAUUACCAAUACCAAUACCAUUACCAUUACUAUUGCCAAUUCCAAUAUCAAAACCAAUAACGACCCAAUUCCAAUACCAAUACAAAUACCAAUACCAGUAACAAUACCAAUACCAAUACCAAUACCAAUACCAACACCAAUACCAAUAACAAAACCAAUACCAAUUCCAAGACCAGUCCCAGUACCAAAACAAAUACUAUUACCAUUACCAAUACUACUUCCAAUACAAAGACCAAGACUGGGACCACUACCAAGACCAAAACCAAGACCAAGAUCAAGACCACUACCAAGACCGAGACGUAGAUAA